AUGGCGAAAGCUUCCCAUACAUUGCAAAAAGGUGCUGUCGUCCAGCACACCGCCAAAGCCCAUAACCUGAAAGGUCAACUGCUUGAAGGGAGCAUUGAAUCUUUGGCAACAACUAUUCGUUUCGUCACGCUGAACUGCCGAACACUAUCGAGUGAACUCCAACAAGCCGCUCUAUCCAGACUUCUGCGAUAUCUUUGUGUGUCUUUUGCUGCACUGCAGGAAACACGCAUGAGAGAUCGGCCCGUCAUCAGCAUCGAAAAUUACACCAUAUACUGCGGCGAUGCUGAUGAGAACAAAGUAGGUUGCUGCGCGAUAGCUGUGAGGAAAGAUUACAAGAACCUGGUGGAGGAAUUUUGCCCAACGUCGUCUAGAAGCGCCUUUGUACGAAUGCGAGAUCGCAGAGGACGUAAACUCUGGAUCGUAAGUGCUCACACACCUACGGAAACCGCUGAGGACAACAGUAAGGACGCCUUCUGUGAUGAACUCAAUGCGUUGAUGUCUAAAAUACCAAGCCAGCAGGUGGUCAUUGUCGGAAUCGACGCAAAUGCGAAGAUGGGACUCGAACAGCAAUCCGAUGUACUAGAAAACUGGUACUAUGCAGUGGAGCGCACGUCGGACAACGGUGACCGUCUGGUCGACUUGUGCGAACAGACGGGCCUCAUCAUCGCUUCUACGUUUAAGAGGAAUCAUCGACGCCAUCAGCUCACGUGGCAGGGGUCAACCCUUUUAACGCCUGAAGAGCAGCGCAAGCGGAAGAUGAGGACUCUUAAACUUCAGACUCUUAAACACUCUUAA